AUGGCGGCGGUCGCAGAUGUCAACACCCAGGGUGCGGCAAGUCCUCCGUCAGCGCAGCCAACUUCUGUUCCAAGCACGGCGGAGGGCGACGAUACACACGUCGUCAUCCUGGAGGUUGACGAGUCCUACCAUCGUUACUACGCCGUCGAGUGCGAGGCCGACCGCAUUGGGAAGAUCAAGGAUGUUUUAAAGAGCCCCCUCUAUCGAGCGACCUGUGCCGAAUUCGUGGGCAGCGGCCUCUUCCUGUUCACCGUGAUCACCACCGUCGUCAACUACCCCGCCGAUCAAGCCCUGGGCGUCGCGAACCUACUCGCCCCGAUCGGAGUGGCCACCGUGUUCGGCGUCACCAUCAGCACUCUCGCGUACACCUUCGGAGACGUGAGCGGAGCGCAUCUGAAUCCGGCGGUUACUUUAGGCUUCCUCGUCCGCAAGAGCAUCUCGCCUGUUCGUGCGGCGCUGUACGGCACCGCUCAGUUCCUCGGAGCCACGUGCGGAGCGUGCCUCGCCCGUCUCGUCAGUGAUUGGGACCUCUACGACGCGGGCGGCAGGGGCGUCAACUACGUGACGCACGGGCACGCCCUCUGGCAGGCCCUCAUCGCCGAGAUCGUCGCCACGGCCUUCCUCGUCACCGUCGUCCUGCACGUAUCAUACCUGGCCACCAAGCAAUACGGGCACGGGCCUCUCGCCAUCGGCGGCGCGGUCCUCGUCUGCCACCUCGCGCUCAUCCCCAUCACCGGAACGUCUAUCAAUCCGGCGAGGUCCAUCGGUGCCGCCGUCGCGUCGGGGAGCAACGCCCGCCACCAAUGGUCCGAGAUCUGGGUCUUUCUGGCGGGGCCGCUCAUCGGGGGCUCCCUGGCCGGCCUGAACCCUCUGUGGGGCGACGGACCCAGGAGCGAUGCCGAGAUCCCCCAACCCACCCCCGCCCCGGGCCUCGCAGCCUGA